CAAAGCAGAGCACUAGCUACUUUCUUUAGAAAACAUUGCUUUCCAGUUUUUUUUAGGGCUUUUCCUUUUCCUUUAUGAGUUUCAGACUGGUAAGGCAUAAGAAUUCCACACCUAGCUAUAGAACUGAAAACCUCGUGCAAACCAGGAUACAAAACCUCCUUGUUCACCUGUGUGAACUGAAAACCUCUGCCUAGAUGCAAGUGAUAGAACUUUAUUCUAGCACCAAGUGUCCAAAAGCUUUGUCCAAAAGGUAAGGGUAUUAUUAUUGUCGUGAUAAGUUAUUAACACCGAGGCCCAUGGAACCGGACCCUACACUCACUUGGUUACAUAAACUUACAUUUCGCUAAAGACAGGGCUCUCUCUCUCUCUCUGGCUCUGCAGCCUGUACCUCUGAAACCACAGCCCCAACGAUUCCACCAACCAAAGAUCUUCUUCAUCCUAUAGUCUCCUCCAAUCGAUUGACUGUCCCAAAAAAGGUCCCACACAUCUUUCACCCCCAAUGGCCGAAACAAAGUGAAAGAUUACUGAGAAAAAUUGAAAAUGGAAUCAGGGAGACCCCAUCGCACAACAAGCACUAAUAGCAGUAGCACCAGUGAGCUCUUCAUCUGCUUCACCUCGCGGCUUUCCUCCUCUUCCUCCAUGAAGCUCUCCAAAUCCAUUCUCAGCCCAGGCCGUACCAGAGAACCAUCCCAAAUCUCUCUCUCCUCCUCUCUAAGCCGAAGACUGAAAAGCAGUGGCAGCAUGAAGGGCGGCCAGGCGUCGCCAAUGUUCCCAACUGGGGGCAAGAAACGAGGGUGCGCUUUCGAAAACCCGGAGCCUUCGUCCCCCAAAGUGACCUGUAUUGGCCAGGUGAGAGUCAAGACCAAGAAGCAUGGGAAAAAGAUGAGAACGAGAUCGAAAAGAAGAGGCGAAGCGAGCUUCCGGAGAGUGGAGCAGCAAAAUUCGACUGUUGUCACACAUCAAGAGCUUAACAUUCAGAAUAAUGUGAAUCGUCAGUUUCAAAGCCACCAGAUUUUACAACAACAGCAUCAGGAGUGCUUGCCGCAUCGGAACCAAAGAUGGGUACAUCUACCAGUAACAAUUUGCGAAGCUUUGAGGGCUUUCGGUGCUGAGUUUAAUUGUUUCCUGCCGUGUCGGUCUUCGUGUAUGACAAGCGAGAGGGAAAAGGAAGAAAAGGCCGCAAGAUCGGACGGCGGUGAGAGUGGAAAUGGAAGUUCUUGUGGGGCUGUGUUUGGGAGGUGGCUGGUGACAAUGCAAGAAGGUGAAGGCAAGGGGAGGGAGAUAGAGUUAGUAGUGGGAGAGGAAGACGGAGUGGCGGAUAGGAGGAGUCACAGUAUGCGGAGGGAGAUUCUUGAUGGGGACUUUGAGAUUAAGGAGCAGGGGAAUGAGGUUGCUCAAGAAGAGGAAGCAAGGGUGAGUAUUUGUAUUCCGCCCAAGAACGCUCUGUUGCUCAUGAGGUGCAGGUCUGAUCCGGUGAAAAUGGCGGCCUUGGCGAAUCGGUUUUGGGAGUCCCCGGUUCAGAAAGAUGAGGACGGCGAUGAAGAUGAGCGUCAGAAAGAUGAGGGAGAAGACCAAGAGGAUGUGGUAGUGGGUGAAGAAAGGCAAGGUAAAGUUGAGGUGGAAACAGAGGUAAAAGGGGAUGGGAUUCGUGAAAAGCGGGUUCCUGAUGGUGGAGAGCAUUCACACAUGAUUACUGAGGAACAAGACGGGGGUGUAGAAGAAAACCCAGAAAGGAGCCCAGAAUAUGUCAAUGAGCUACAAGAACACCAAUUGGAGCAAGACGACGACGACGACGACGACGAUAAUGCUGAAGAAGACGUAGAAGACGAGGAAGAAGAAGAGUUAGGGUUGUGCCAGGCGGUACCAGCAGAAGAAUUUCAGUUGAGUUCUUCACCUGAAGAUCUCGUAGCUCGAGAGAACUCGGAGACGGAACAAAACAUGCACAAGCUUGUUCGAAAGGAUGAGGAAGUCCACCAAAAUGAACCCGAGGCCGAACAUGAAGAACCAGAAGCAGAAGAUGACAAAGUAGCUAGCUUUUCAACUUCUUCUGUAAUGUCAGCACAGUCAGAGCAAGAAUCAGAAGCGCAAGAAGAAGGGCAAGAAGAGAAGACUGGAGCUUUAGCCGAAGAAGCAGAGGAGUCAAAGGAGGAGAAAGAGACGCAAGAGAGGCCUCGGGAAGACGGAGAGACAGGGACCCACGAAAAACCCAAACCCGAAGUACCAAGUACCAACGAAGAUAAUCCGAGUUUAGAGUCAAAGAUACGAGAAAGUCGAUCAAAGUCAGACAGAGGGAGUUCGGGCUUGCCGGAUUGCUUGCUGUUAAUGAUGUGCGAGCCGAAGCUGUCCAUGGAGGUCUCCAAAGAGACCUGGGUUUGCAGUACGGACUUCAUCCGAUGCCUCCCAGAGAGACCGGUCAACAAAACGAACGGCGGGGAUGUGAUCAAGAAACGAGUCAGCACCGAGAAUUCCAAUCCAACGUAUCCGGCGCAGCAGCAGCUGCCGCCACCGCUGCAGCCGCCUCGAUCUUCGUGUUCGUUUCCUAUUGCGGCGGCUCCUGGAGCCGGCGCUUCGAUGGCUGGCAUGAUAGAGCAGAAGCUGGUGGGGUCCAAUGGGUACGAGCCGUUCGUUCUGACGCGGUGCAAAUCGGAACCGAUGAGGUCGGCGAAAAAGUUCGCACCGGAUGCUUGCUUCUGGAAGAAUCGGAAGCUGGAGCCUCACCGCCCGGCAACGUUUGGGGUGGGCGCGGCUGGGAUCGGGUUCUGAGCCGAGGUAAUUAUGGGAAUCUGAUAAAAAGAAGAAGAAACAAAGGGGGUAGCAAAUUCUGAAUGUGUUUUUACUGUAGUUUUUACAGGGUGCUUUUAUUGCUCUCUCAUGUUUGUAAAUCUCUGUCUAAUGAUUUCCGAGCAAUUUUUUUUUUCUUUUUUGUUCUUUUUUAUUUUCUUCAUCCAAUUUCCCCCAUUUGGGCAAUAGUUAUAUAGUUAAAAUCUGUUUAAUGGUCCAUGUGUAUAUUAGGCUUAAUACUCUAAAUUUUAACUCUUUAUUCCUGUAAUUAUAAUUGUGAUCAGAUUGUCAAAUAGUAUAAAAAAUAAAAUUCAUAUAAAAACACAAAAAAUACAACUUAAGAAAACAUCUACAACAUAUAAAAAUAAUUGAAAGUCUAAAAAAGAAAAAUGUCAAAUUGAAGAAAAAAGGUUAAAGGACUUUUAAAGUAUGUUAAACCAUUUUUAAUUAAGGAAUUUAUUAUGUAUCAGUCACUAUUCACUCUCAUAUUUCAAGCCUGUAACUCUUUUUAUAGGGUGUUUGGGUGUUUUUUAUAGAAUACGAAAGUAUUUUUUAUAGAGUGUGAGGUGUGAGGUGAUGAAUAGUAAUUGAUGAGAAUAAUUUUGCUUUAACUAAUUACAUAUUGUUCUUAGUUUUCAUAUAUAUUCAGGUUAUAACUUUUGUAUUUUCUAAUUUUAUUGUUUGGUUUCUCAAAUGGUUUUUAAUUAUAUAUACUACUUGAAGCUUUUUUAUUUUUCUUCCUUGUGUCAUGCCACGUUGCAUGUCAGGUUAACAUGUGUUUAUUAUCUGACGGUUGUUAAACAGCAUAUAGUUGAAAAUUAAAAUAUAAAAAUAAUCUAUUCAAUCCUAGAUUCCUAAUAAUAAUUCAUGAAUAAUGAUAGAGGGUGGGGUUGGCAAAAGCCACACCAGUGGGACAGUGAAGGUGAGGCAGUCAAGCUGGAACUUGAUGGUUCUGGAUGAUUAAAGAUUGGCAGUUUGCUUUAGCUGUUUAUUACGUGUCUCUGAAAUAAUGUUUGGUAGUUAUAUGGUCUAAUCAAUUCACCUUCCUCUUAUAGCUAUAACUCUUUUUCAUUAUGUGCCCCUGAAAUAUUAUGAGUUUUUUGUUUGUUUGUUUGUUUUUUUUUUUUUUUUUUAUUGCUUCAAUCAGCAUUUUGAUGAAUUUUCAUGUUUGAUUUUUAGCUGUGAUCAAAUUGAAGUUUACUCCAUUGAUUCUGUAUUAGCAGCUUUAGAGCUUGACUGGUUCAACCCUUAAAACAAAAGUCAAGAAACUGAUAAAAAAGGGUUUAUACAACAACUCCAGAACAGAACAGAAAUUAAAGGAAAAGGACAAAAUAGCUCCUGAUCAGACUGGAUGAAUUGUAGGCUCUGCAUGCACUAAUCAAUUUCCAAGGCAGCAGAAAAGCUAAGCCAGUGGAUUCUGUAUCAUAUCUUUGAUUCCAGCCUUUCUGAGGCUAUAUUUUUUCUUUUUUCUUUCACCUGUACUCAGCUUUGCUUUGUGUGUUUUCUUUAUGUUAUGAGAUGUGAACAAGAACAAAAGCAAAUGCUGAAAACCAAAAAGAA